AUGAGUGAAGUCGACAAACCCACUCUUGUUUUGAAAGUAUUCACGUUUGAGGACCGCGAUUCCCGAUCCGAGUCGCUGUCAGUGUCCAUACCUGAGGUCCUUGAUCCACAGUAUGGAAUGUAUGUCUGGCCCUGUGCAGUGGUGUUGGCACAAUAUGUGUGGACGUUUAAAGAGACAUUACAGCAGAAGACAGUGCUUGAGAUUGGCGCGGGGGUUAGUUUACCAGGUAUAGUGGCUGCCAAAUGUGGAGCCAAGGUGUUUCUGUCAGACAGCGCCGAGCUUCCUCUGUGCCUCGACAACUGCAGGCGUUCUUGUGAAGCUAAUGGCCUACACAGCGUCCCUGUCGUGGGACUCACCUGGGGAGAGGUGUCCCCUGACCUACUUUUGCUGCCACCUGUGGAUAUCAUCUUGGGCUCAGAUGUUUUCUAUGAACCUGAAGAUUUUGAAAAUGUUCUUGUGACCAUCUUCUUCUUACUGAGAAGAAAUCCACACGCCCAAUUCUGGACAACAUAUCAGGAACGAAGUGCUGACUGGUCUAUAGAGACCUUAUUACUCAAAUGGAACCUGCAGUGUCAAGAGGUUCCCUUGGACACAUUCCAUGCUAAUGAAACCCACCUUGCUGGAUCCACGCUACCUGGAAAUCACACAGUACAGAUGAUGAUUAUAACCUUUAAGGGAACUGAAGUGACAUAGUGAUAAGCUGUUUAAGGAGUUAGAUUUCAUCUGUACAAUGAUGUGGAGAAAUAGUGUACAAUAGCUACAGUUCUC